AUGUUUGCUAACAAACUGAACAACACAUCAUUUGGUGGUGGGUUCAACUUUGGAGCAAAUACUCAACAACAACAACAACAACAACCACCACCACAGCAACAGCCAACGACGUCGAUUGGAUCAACAACACAAACAACAAUCAAUCCACCAACUUCAAAUAUAAAUUCAUCAACAAAUAUUGACAUCACAGCUUCAUUAAAUAAUACAGAUUCAAAUAAACUAUUACGAGAUCUAUUGGAUUCUGCCUCAAGUUUACCAAAAAGUUCAAUUGGUGAUCAAAUUGGAUCUAUUCAUUUAACUCUUAAUGAAUUAGAACGUAAAACACAAGAAUUAAGAAAAUCGGAAUUAAAACAAAAACAUCAUACUAAAGCUCAUUAUUUAUUAGCAGAUGCAGGAGUGAAAACUGGAGAUUUAGAAGAUGAAUUGAACAGGAUUCAAUUACCUAAAUCCAGUAAACAUGAAAGUAAUCAUAAUCUUGAAAACAAUAUAGAGAAUUAUUUAAAGAAUAAAAAAGAAGAGAAUAUCUUAAAUACCAUUGAACAAACUUUUAACUUAGCAUCUCAAGAUUUUGAUAAAUAUAUAAAUUCAAAUAUAUCUAUUGAUUGGAAAAUUAGAAAAGAAAAAUUACAAAAAGCCAUUGGAUUAAAAGAUUCUUCAAAAUUUCAAGAAGAAGCUUUAAAAUGUUCAGUUGUAUGGAAAUCAAAUUCAGCUUCUGCAAAUAUUUUAACACCAUUAUCUACAUCACCAACUAAAAUAACAAGAACCAAAUUUGAACAUUAUGCAAGAAUCAUUUAUUCAUUGAAUGAGGCGAGAUUAGAAAAUCAAAAUUUCCCAUUAUGUUUAAAUUUUUAUGAUUUAAAUAAAUUUCAAGAUGAUUUUAAAUCAAAACAAAUUGCUGAAAUUUGGAAAAUAUUACAAAAUUUAGUUGAUGAAAAAAAUUCUAAAACAUCACAAGAACAAAAAUUUUUUAAAAAUCCAAAAUUAAAUGAUAUAAUUGUUUCAAAAAGUAAAGAAUAUUUAGAAUGGGAAUUUUUAAAUUUUGUUGAUCAUACUUAUAUUAAAGUUGUUGAUAAACCAAAAAAUUUCAUACCUGCUACAAAUGUUAAUAAAGUUUCCUUUUUCAUUCAUCAAAUAAUUCUUAAAAAUGAACCAGAUUUAGUUAAUAAGACAUUAUUAGUAAAUGGAGUUCCUAUAUGGGCAUUAAUAUAUUACCUUAUGAGGGCAGGAUUAUACGAAGAUGCAGAUAACUUAGUUUACAAAAAUCGUCAACUAUUCAAUAAAUUUGAUAAAAAUUUCCCCAUAUAUAUUAAAAAUUUUGUUGAAAAUUCCAAACUUUCUUCAGAUUUAUUAGAAAGAAUUCAUCAAGAAUUUAAUCAACAAUUUCAAUAUAUAUUAAAUGAUCUUGAAACAAAUGUAAAUUAUGAUCCAUAUAAAUAUUCAGUUUAUAAAAUUAUUGGAAAAUGUGAUUUAAAUAAUAAAUCUCCUCCACCUUCAAUAAAUUUAAGUAAUGAAAAUUGGUUAUGGUUUCAAUCAUCUAUUAUAAAUGAAGAUUCAUCAGAAGAAUCUUCAUUAAUUUUUGAAAAUUAUAGUUUAAAAAAUUUACAAAAUAAAAUUGUGCUGUUAGGUCCAAAAUAUUUUUUAUCCUCUUCUAAUAAUCCAUUAUAUUUAAAAACGUUAAUAUUAUCAGGAUUAUAUGAAUUGGCAGUACAAUAUUGUUAUGAAAAUAUGAAUGAAGCAGAUGCAGUACAUUUAGCAAUUGGAUUAGCAUAUUUUGGAUUAUUAAAUUGUUCAAAUUUCAAUAAAGAUGGUGUAUUAUCAGUAGUAAAUAAUGAAUAUGAAAUAAAUUAUAGUAGAAUUUUAGGAGCAUAUACAACUUUUUUUAAAUUAAGUGAUCCAAAAGUUGCUUGUGAAUAUUUAAUACUUAUUGCAUUAGGUCAAGGUGGUAAAUCUAAAUCAAUACUUCAAGUUUGUCAUGAUGCAUUAAGAGAAUUACUUUUAGUAUCAAGAGAAUUUGGUAUUUUAAUAGGAGAAUUAAAUCAAAUUACAGGAGUUAUUGAACCAGGAGUAUUAGAAACUCAACGUAAAUUAAUUGGGUUAGAAGAUCUUAAUUCAUUUCAUCGUCAAAUUGUUUUAGUAACUGCAAAUAAAUGUGAAGAAGAAGGUAGAAUAUUUGAUGCAUUAUUAUUAUAUCAAUUAUCAUGUGAUUAUGAAACAACAAUUGUUUUAAUAAAUAAAUUAUUAUCAGAAUUAAUUUCAACAAGUGAUUUAAAUAAACCAAUAAUAUUAUUUGGAAAUUGUGAUACUUUAUAUAGUGGAUCAAUUGAUAUAAAUUCUAAAAAUACAAUUGAUAAUAAUAUAAUAUUAUUAUCUGAACAUAUUUGGCAAAAUUUUUCCAAAAAUAGUCAUAUUUUAAGUAGUAUAACAUCACAAGUUAAACAAACUUGUGAAGUAUUAAUAUCAGUAAUUGAAAUAAGAAAUAUUUUUAUUCAAAGAAAUUGGAGUGAAGUUAUAGAUAAAAUUAAUAAAUUAAAAAUUUUACCUGCAAAUUCCAAUGAUAAUUUAUCACAAAUUAAAAUAUAUUCAGAAUUAAUUGAAAAUAAUGAAUUAAAUGAAGAUAUUAUAAAAAUUAUUCCAUCUUUAUUAAUAUUAGUUUUAACUUGUGUUACUAAUUUAAAUUAUAAUAUUUUAUCUCAAAGAUAUCAAUCUUUAAAUAAUGAAAAAGAUGAAAUUUUACAUUGGAGAAAAAUUGCUAAAAAUUGUAUUAUAUAUGCUGGUAUGGUUCAAUAUAAAAUGCCUAGAGAAGUUUAUAGUUUAUUGAUUAAUUUAGAAUCUUCUUUAUAG